AUACACACUCUGAAGAUAUAUAGAUAAUAAGAUAUUUAGAUAAAUACGCAGGAAGAUAACGUGAACACUGAUAGAUAUUUAAUAUGCAAAAUAUCCCAUAAUUAGUGACUCAUGUAAAUAGAGUGUUAUAUUAAAUAGAAAAAUUCUCUAUCAUCCUGCGAUUUUCACAAUAGUUUAUGAGAUUGAUUAGUUUAUUGUGUUGUUAUACAAAAAAAAUAGAUAAAAUUAUAGACUUUAUAAAGUUAAUAACAGUGAGGAUCUAGACAAUGAAAGGCGCAUGUAUCUUCGUGUUAAAUCGCUUAAUAUGUACGUGCCGUGUAAUGUGACAUUAAAGCGGAGAUAACGUAAAUUUUGAGCGUAAAGCAGAUGUGAGUGAAUAUAUGCGAUUUAUCUUUAUUUAGCUAACAUUGAGAAAACACAACUGGGCAUUUUCAUUGUUCAAACACAUGGUGAGAAAAGUGGAGUCACAUAGGCUCAAUGGCAACGGAGGAGCAUAAACGUUUGGCUGAUGUUGUGAAAGGAACUCAUGCCUUGUUGCGCGCUGAGUAUCACCAAUAUGGCGCCAAGAUCGCGUGGGAGCGCCAUUUGGCGCGAAAUGACGUUUUACAGGAAUAUGCUGCGUCCAUGCAAAAGCUGGCCGUCAAAUGUUGGGCGAACAAUAAUUCAAAGAGGGACGGAACGUACUGCAGAGUAGAAUGGAUAAAAACGCAAUGCAAGGAAUAUUUUCUCAGUGGUGGUAAAGAGAAAUAUGAUAAGAGAGAGCAGGAUAUAAAUACUAAGAUAUCUCUUCUUCCGGAAAAUUCGAGGGUCGAAAACCAAACAUGCGAGAAUGAUCGGAUUGAUAUGGAAAACGAAUCAUUAAAUUUUCAUGAACAAAGGUUAUCAAUACUGGAUGUAGGGAGUUGUUAUAAUCCUCUAAGUACUGAUAAUGCAUUUGAUGUUACUGCGAUAGAUCUAACUCCAGCGGCAGGAAUCUUUAAAUGUGAUUUUUUGAACGUUGCAAUUGGAAAAGAAAAAGUUCUCUCAUGGGACACACAAGAAAUUCAUCAAUUACCCGCAAAUUUCUUUGACUCUGUAGUAUUUUCCCUAUUGUUGGAAUAUUUGCCAUGCCCGAAACAGAGGUACGUCUGCUGUAGGAACGCAUAUGACGUGUUGAAGAGCGGUGGCAUACUAAUUAUUGUAAGUCCAGAUUCGAAGCAUGUCGGGGCGAACGCACGACUGAUGAAAUCCUGGAGAUAUACUUUGAGCAAAAUGGGAUUUAUGAGAAUUAAGUAUGAAAAAUUACGUCACAUUCACUGUUUAGUGUUCAGAAAAUGCGUGUGGAAAGAUGUGGCGAUACGAUGGUCCAAACUGCAGAAUUUUUCGGAAACUGAUAGGAAAUACAUGUCUGAGACAGAGAUUUUUAUCCCGCAAGAUUUUCAGACCAUCUGUUUUAAGGAAAAACAAGAAAGAUUGGAUAAAUACGAUGAAAUUCAUUUAGCGACCGCUUUCUCUGAAUUACCAUUUAAUAAUGAAAUGUUUUGAUCAUUGUCUCUGCAAACAUAUUAUUGUUAAAUAAAACAUUUUACAAAAAGUGCA